GAACGCUGAGCAAUUAUACGCCGUAUUCAAUCUACAGUACCAACAGAGGGCAAGGUCGAGCGCUCGGAGAGAGUCCACGAGGGAGUACUUUGCUUUCGCGUGCACGGAAGCAUCUCUGUGAGUGCCUACGGCAGGAAACUCCGGCUCCGAGCUUUCGGUGCUCGCUGGGAGCACGCCAACCACUCAUGCCGUCCCUCAAACCUUGGUGCUCGCCGUGUCCACCGUCAGCCUCAGCUGCAGCUUUCACUCGCAGAAGCAGCAGCAUCGCAGCAGACGGGAAGGAGAGGGAGUUCGCGGCCGACGGUGUGCUUCGAUGGUGACAGUUCGAGCAGCUGGUGUUGCGGUAGCAGCUCUGUUGUGUAGCUUGGUGGUGCUGACGGCCGUAGCGGGAGCUGCCGCAAGCGCUCUCGAUGGGGAGUUCUCGAUAGUUGGAUACGCACCGGAGGACUUGCUGUCCGACGAGAGGCUGGGCAGCUUGUUCAGCGCCUGGGCAAGUAAGCAUCAGAAGAGCUACAAUGGAGAGUCAGAGAGGUCGCACAGGAUGCAGGUGUUCAAGGACAAUCUGCAGUACAUAGACGCCCACAACCGCAAGGAGAGCUCGUUCGCGCUCGGGCUCAACCGAUUCGCAGAUCUCACCAACGAGGAGUAUCGCAGCGCUUACCUCGGUGUCAAGUUGGAUCGAGAGAAAAGAGCUCUUCGCCGGCAGCAAAAUCCUACCAACUUCCGCUACGCUAACGUGAAGGACCUCCCGGCUUCCAUCGAUUGGAGAGAGAAGGGCGCAGUGGCAAAGGUCAAGGACCAAGGCUCGUGCGGAAGUUGCUGGGCCUUCUCUGCCAUCGCUUCCGUCGAGGGCAUCAACGCCAUCAAAACCGGCUCGCUGAUCGCCCUGUCGGAGCAGGAGCUCGUGGACUGCGACACCAGCUAUAACGAGGGCUGCAAUGGAGGCCUCAUGGAUUACGCAUUCGAGUUCAUCAUCAACAACGGAGGCAUCGACUCCGAGGAGGACUACCCAUAUGCCGGUUACGACGGUCGCUGCGACGCCAACAAGAAGAACGCGCACGUCGUGACCAUCGAUUCAUACGAGGACGUUCCUUUCAACGACGAGGCCGCCCUCCUCAAGGCCGUGGCGCAGCAGCCUGUAAGUGUCGCCAUCGAGGCUGCAGGCCGGGACUUCCAGCUCUACACGUCGGGAGUUUUCACCGGCACCUGCGGGACCGACCUCGAUCACGGUGUGACCGCGGUAGGCUACGGCACUGACAACGGCAAGGACUACUGGAUCGUGAAGAACUCGUGGGGAGGCUUCUGGGGAGAGAGCGGGUACGUGCGCAUGAAGAGAGGCACUAACAGCGAUGGAGUCGGCAGCGAGGGUAUCUGUGGCAUUCUAAUUGAGCCCUCCUAUGCUGUGAAAACCUCCCCCAACCCCCCCAACCCCGGUCCAACCCCACCAGCGCCAACUCCCCCCGAGGUCAUCUGCGAUCAGUGGAGGACUUGCCCCGAAGGCAACACCUGCUGCUGCACCUUCCCUGUGGGCAAGCUGUGCUUUGCCUGGGGUUGCUGCGGGCUAGAAUCUGCCACCUGCUGCGACGACCACUAUCACUGCUGCCCCCAUGACUACCCUGUUUGUGAUUUGAAGAUGAAUAUGUGCCUGAGGAAAUCCACCAGCACUUUUGGAGUCGAGCUGAUGAAGCGCACUGAAGCCAAAGUGAAUUGGGUUGCGUUGAAGGAGAAGCUGGGUCGCAAGUCCAGCUGAUUGGGUCGUGCCCACUGAGGGAUUGGAUGUAUUUGGCCGACUCAAUGAAGUGGACAAGAUGUGGAAGGAGCCUCAUGUUCGGAGUGAAGGCCAGGUACAUUUGUCUCUAGAACUACCCGCAUGUUGUAUAUAGAUGUACAGAGAUGCAUCGGUAGUAGUUUAGCUAGAAACCUCCUGUACUUGUCUAUUCUGAUUUGUGUGCCGGACGUCGUCAUGGAAACACUUCCGAGCACUGAAUUGAAGCAUAGAUUGCCAGAUCUAAGCAGAUUUGCACACAGCGCAGCCUCACGGAUGUGGAUUAGUAGGAGAUUUACUUGUUUAGGUUGAACUCAUUCUGAUUUAUACCACCAGACUGGGAGUCCCAUAGGUUUUCAAAUCCCGUGAGUCCCGAAAGAGGACAUCUCUUUCUAACUCCAAAAUUGUAGGCAGUAUGAUGACAUCUGGUUCUGGACAGAGAGAAGCAAGUAUAUGGGCUCUGUUGCUGCCCUGUUACUAUUUAAGACCGGCAAUCUCCUUGGAUGUCUGGUCUGAGCUUGUGACUCAUUCUUACCUUAUAUGAGAAGGUAUUGCUGGAGUUUGUGAUUCAAUCAAGUCAAACAGAUCUCUACAAUUCUUGUCGCAGAUCAAGUAAAGAUCAGGAGUUUGUCGUUAGAUUCCCAACCUUGUGAUUCUGUUCAGUAAUUCCCAAUUAUUCCAAGAACCUGGUGUUGUCCAGUAGAUUGUAGGUGGAAUGGUCUUCAAAUUGAAUUGUGUCUGAAUCAGAUACAUAUUCACAGGACGAUCUCCGGCAGAUAGUUGCAGAUGGAUGCAACUAGUUGUUGUUGAGAUUGGCCUAAUGAAUGUAGUCUUCACAAUUACUUCUGGAAUAAGGGUCGAGAUUUCUU